CUAGCAGCGUUAUUCUGUUGACCCUCGGCAUUCUCUCCGUCGCAGUGGAGCUCUCUUGAUCGGUGAGAUUUUCGUCUUUUCUCUAUUGCGAGUUCUCUGUAAUCUCUCUCUGAAACGGUACCAAACUCAAGAGGGAAGUCACUAUAAUGGCCCCAUUCGAAUGCAAAAUUAGAUACAGCUAUAGUGUUGUUAUACAUACAAUCUCCCAAUGAAGUAGUAAUUAAAUUAUUUGCAGGGAUUUCAGUAAGCUCUGCCAAUCCUGGUUUUGAGCUUUACCAAUGGCUGAUGAUUCGGGUAAAGGAGUUGAAAAUGGUUCUUUGAACUCAGUACAAGUAGAGAAGCCUCAGAUUGAGCCCAUAAGAUUGCCCACAGUUGAGGAAAUUCGUGGUCAAGACAUUUGGAACAAUUGUGCAGUUCGCAGUGUUGUUAGUGGAGUCAUGGGAGGUGGACUUGGCAUAUUCAUGGGUUUAUUUCUUGGAGCUCUUGACAACCCACUGAUGCAGGAGGAAAUGACUGGCAGACAACAGCUUAUAUAUCAAGCAAAGCAGAUGGGACGAAGGAGUUGGAGUUCAGCCAAAGCAUUUGCUGUUAUGGGUUUCAUUUUCUCAGCUGCUGAAUGUGUUGUCGAGAAGGCUCGAGCAAAACACGACACAACAAAUACCAUUGUUGCUGGAUGUGUUACUGGAGGUGCAAUAUCAGCAAAAGUAUCAAUGUCAUCAUUUGCUGAAGAAAAUCAGCAAAUGGUGUUUUCACACCCUUUAGUGUGUAUAUAUAAUGGGAAGGGAAGAGAGAGAAAGUAAUAGAUGUGAUGGGAAUGGAAGAGAGAGAUAAAGGUGGCCCAAAAGCUGCAUGUGCUGGUUGUGCUGGCUUUGCGGCAUUCUCCGUGGUAAUAGAGAAAUUUUUAGAGAGGCAUGAGUAAAUGAAUUGACGUCAAUCAAUUUUGUAUUUUUUAAUGAAUAGUUCUUCUGAGUUAUUGGUUAAAUCAUUUGCCCAUUUGACAUGGGACGUUAUAGGGAGCACACAAAUUGCAUUACUUGUUUCACAUCAAUAAUUUGUAUGUAUACAAUGUCAUUGGCGAAUUCAU